CAGGAAGUGGCCUCUCAUCUAAUUACUAGUUAGCAUCUAGAGCUAGUGUAAGUUAAAGAUAGCGUCAACACGAUGCUUAACGACAAUGAACUUGUUACGUUGCGGAACAGAUUUAAGAGAGAUGCGGAGUUUCUCAUGCAAACAACAACAAAUGGCGACGAAGACGAAAAGAGUCAGGAGGAAAAAGAUGCUAAACCUCUUCCUCGCAUUAACAGACACUCCGUUUUCUGGAUCAUGGCAUCUAUAGGUGUGACCUACUAUGUUGAUUUCCUCCGUAACAUCAUGGAGAAUGACGAUAUCAAAAGUUGGUGGUUCAAUGUGGGUCUGAUACUCCUUGGGAUCUGCCUGUCUCUGGCCAUGUUUUGCAUUGUGUACCUGGAGUGGUUCAAAGGCAUCCGGCACUACGACCAAGAAUAUCCUGCCAUUCCUCCCAUCACCACUGCAGCAUUUAUUGCAGCAUCUUGCAGCUUCAACAUGGCUCUGUGGCCUGUGUGGUCCUUUUUCACUCCACUCAUCCUCUUCACACAGUUCAUGGGUGUGGUCAUGCUCAUCUCUUUGCUUGGAUAAAUGUGAUGGCUGAGGAUGUUUUUUUUGUUUUUUUUAAGCUCUGUAUUUUAGAUUUUCACAAAAUGUCCUUUUUUAUGGAAUAAAUAACAUUUUAUUUGGCCUUAAAUUGUUAAAAAAAUUUUAUGGAGUGAAACCUUGUGUCAUUAAAACUUGUCAUUAGAAAUGUAUUAAUACAGUGCUUCAUACUUAAAUAAUUUGGAUUUUACAUCAUCUUGUUAACCACAGUUUGGAGUUCUCUCUUAAUAAUUUUCCUCCAUUAUUUGCACAUAUUUUUUUUUUUAAAAAAGGUUAAUAUUUACAACUGCAUCAUCAAACUUAAAUGCCCUGGUAUCAAUAUAGAAAACAUACCUUCCAAAAACCUUAGACACUCCAACACCAAAAUCAAACAUACACACUAACCAUUAUGGCAUUGGCAUUAUGACAUUAUAACCAUUUGUCCACUCACACCGCUCUCCAUUUUCAAAUAUAUCUAGCAACACAUUCACAGAAACAGCCCCCAACACUCCCACUGCUCUCAUUAACAUGGCUGUCAGCUGCUUUUUUUUUUUUAGCUUGAACAUGAACAUUGCGGAGCACUCAACUCGUGAGCCAGAUGAUUCCUUUAAAGGGACAGUUCACCCCCAAAUCAAAAAUACAUAUUUUUUUCAGAGAUGUCUGCCUUCUCUUAAAUAUAAUGGAACUAGAUUGCACCCUCAACGCAACACAAAAAUACGUUUGAAAAACUCAACAACAAUCUCUCUCUUUCUAGAAAUCAUGAUCCAGUUACUCAAGAUAAUCCACAGACCUUGUUGUGAGCAGUUUAAUGUAGGAUGUAUUUUCCUUUGCUAAACUACACCCAGCAACUGUAUCACCAAGUAGAAAGAAGCAUGCAUCCACUGCUAGCUCACCUAGCCCCACUUAGCUAGCUAAUGUUAACAGCUUAUCUAUGGAGGACACCAUUGCGCUCACACUGUCACAAGCACAAACCUCUCGUCUAUGAGUAGAUGUGCGCUUCCUUCUGAUGCAGUUGGCGGAUGUAGUUCAGAGGAAAGAAAAUAGCUCUUACAUGAGAAUGCUGACGACAAAGUCUCUGGAUUAUCUUGAAUAACCAAGUCUUGAUUUCUGAAAGAGACAUUGCUGUUGAUUUUUUCACUUUUUUUUUGUGCUUUGCGCAUCACAAUCCCAGUGCCAUCCAGUCUCAUUAUAUUGGAGAUAAGGCAGAUAUCUCUAUGACUGAUAUCGCCAACACUCUGCAACUCACACCAAAACAAUUUAAAUUGAUAAAUGGCACUACAGGUAAGAGGAAAAAUAGGUCAUUUUGAUUUGGUGGUGAACCGUCUCUUUAAAACUCCUCCUUCCCGUCACCUCCUCAGAAGCCUGGCUCAUCCACAUAGAUUAACUCAAGCUGUUCUUCAUCUACCUCAAAGUCAAGUGUUCACUGCAUAUAGUAAAGACUCACAGAAAACAUACACUAUCACAAUACAUUAAACCUAUAAAUGUCAUUUAUGCAACACACAUAAAACUGACCAGUAUCACAGUUACUUGGACUUACUUUUGUGCCGAUGUGAGAUUUUUGUAAACUGUGACUGGACAUGUUGCGUUAUUACACAAUGUUACAUCAUUAUGGUGAAAGUGUUUUCCCUUCCCAUCUGCCACAUUGCUUAUGCUCCUCUGCCCCUGCCUUUCUCUACACUCUCUGUCUCUCACACCUAACACACACUGACACUGUAGACCUACACCUGCAGCAGAUUGUUCUACAGAUGGGUGACAAAUUAAAGGAAAAGCAUGAAGUGUCUUAGUGUGGAGUCAGCCUCAGUGUUCCUUGCUGAUCAUUCCUCCAUUCCAUUCUUCCAGACGGUAUUCCCUUAUUUAUAUACACAACCUUUAUUUAGUCAGGGAAUCUCAUCUGUCUGGCAAGAGGGACCUGAGCACAGCAAAUACAAAGAAAAAUAAACAUAGUUGAACAUAAAAAAAGGACAUAUAGCUUCAGAAAAUCACAGACAUCACUAAAUAGAUUUGAAGAUAAACUUUAUAUUGUUUGGUCUAAUGGAGAUGAUGGCGAAGAGCAUUGUCUUACAUGUGGGUCCAAAAUCUUCCAUAGGUGUUCAACUGGGUUAAAAUCUGGUGACUGCGAAGGCCGUAGCAUUUUAGUCACGCCAUUUUCAUAUUUCAGCAAACCAUUUAGUGAACCCUCGUGCACAGAAGCAUCUGCAUUUGGCAUGUUUCCAUCUUGAAUCAGGUUUUUCCUUUGUUUUGUCCCAUCUGUGGAUGUUUCUACUGAACCAACACAGCUGCUGUCUUUAACCAUCUCAGUUUAUGAUUUGUUUUGCUUAAGAAACCAUGGCAACUGUAUCAAAAUGUAAUUUGUUGCUUUGACUAUGUGGUAAACAGCACUUAUGAGUGUGAUGAAUGUUUUGAGAAUAUAUCUUUUCUCACAGCAGACAUUUUGGCUUGUUGCAGUAGAAAAAGAUGUUCAUUUAUAACAGGUGUUAAUUGUAUUAAUGAUGGUUCUCUUGUGUUUAAGUAUGUUUCAGUAAACUAAGACUGUGAGCCACAAUUUACAUUACCAGGACCCUGAAAUUGAAGCAGCUAAAUGCCAUUCAGCCAUUGUUUUUUCUUUUUAAUUUCACCUGUGCUUUUCCUACAGUCACGUGUUAAAAUGUCCAUAUUUUUUAUGUAGAAAAAUGCCUGUAAGCAAUGGAGGAACAAGUGUGUCACCAUUUCUAACUGAUGAUAAAGCCAACAAUUUUUUAAAAUUAUUUUGAUUUUUCUCAGUUUGUGGUGAAGAAUGUGAAGACUUACAUUCUGUAAAAUGUUUUUUUCUUUAAUAAACUUUUAUAACUUA